CGGUGCUAACUAACGUCAUUGCAUACAACAAUACGUGUUUCUGCAACGUGACCACAAGUAACUCUAAGAACCAUAAAUAUAUUGGCCAAAGUGAAAGAGGUUGUAUUGAGAAAGCUUUUCUAUUCAAUUGCGUUUUGGCAGUCAUAGCUAACGGUUGUGCUUAACAGCUCACAGCGGAUAACAAAUAAUUCCAAUUGUCGUUUAUUUUUAUUUAAAAAUUAAAAAAAUACUUACAUUAGUUUUAUAAAAAAAAUAUAUAUAUUUAUAAAAAGAAUAAAAAGAAACAACUACGCUUUUGAAAGCAAAUAAACGUAAAUUAAUAUAAUUAAAGUUUUUUUAUAACAAACAAUCUAAAUACAAUACUAUAGAAGAAGCUUAUCUAAAUAAAUUUAACGUUUUACGGUUUACUACAACUAACACAGAAGGCUGUAUGUUUGAAUAAAAACAAAAGAAAUAAUAAUAAUAACAAAUUCUAAAACGCAAAUAAUAAUUUGCAUAAUUUUGAAAUUCAAGUGAAAAUAAAUGUGCUGCAAUUUUUGCUGAGAAUUCCUGUGAAUCAUUUUUGCUAUAAAAAAAAUUAAAUUAAAAAUUAUUUAAACAACAAAUUAUUAAAUACUACUCUACUAUAAAAUAAAAACCCAAAGAGCAAAGAACUUUAGAAAAUGUGACUGUGUUUUUUGUUGUAUACAAUUUGUGUGAUUAAGUAUUUCUAUAUUUGCCAUUUUGUUAAUUUCAAAAUAUUAAGUGCAAGCCAAUUAAAUAAUAACAAUAAUAAUACAAUAUAUAAAAACAUUUCUUAAACAAAAAUUAACAAAGAAACCAAACAAUAUGCGCAACAGUUAUUAAAUUGUUUCAAAAAGAAAACAAAGUAAACAAUUGUAUAAAAUUUGAAAAAAUACAAAAUUAAAAACACAAAAAACGUUUAACAAACAAUUGCAUUUAAAAUGUCGAUUGUUUGUACUCUAGAACCAAAAGUGAAUUUAUUUAAAGGUCCUGUGGCUACCAAGAAUUUACUCGUUCUAAAAAACAACAUUAUCACCAACAACAGCAACAACAACCACAAUAUUACAGUUAAUAAUAACAAUAAUAAAGCAGCAACAAUUACACCCAACAACAAAUUACUAACGGAUACAACAGCAACAACAAUUCAAAACUCAACCACAAAUAAUUGUGUUAAAGAAAAAUCUUUACUAGCUCAGUCAAACACACAACAUACAAAAGUACCAGAUUUUAAAUCUCGUAUAUCAGUUACGGAAUUUGUAAGGCGUAACACCAACAUAGGAUCACCCCUAACUAUAAACACUAACAGUGAUCUAUUAGAACUGCAGCAGCAACAACAACAUCAGCAGCAGCAGCAGCACCUAACACAACAUUAUCAACACCAGCAACAACAGCAACAACAAAGAUUAAUAACGGCUGCCAACACAAAUAUGCCUGAAGUUUUACAUGCAGCAGCCGUUAACAGUCUGAACACAGCGAAAUAUCAUCAACACCACAAUCACCAGCAAACCCUGACACCAGUAUCAGCAGCCGCAGCCAUGGCCAUGAACACAGUGCGCAUGUCCACCAUAUCACCGACCCUGUCCAUGAAUGGCAGUUCAAAUGAAGCUACCAACAUGCAUAGCCUUUCCAUGUAUAAUGGCCCUGUCAGUCCUCAAUCCAGUGAUUCUGGCCACAGUAUGUCAGAUAUGCACAUUUCCCGUGAUGGCAAAUAUGUCACCUUUAAUGGCGAACACAUGACCAAACAACAGGCCAAUGCCGCCAAAGAAUUGUUUUCACAGCGCAAACAACGGGAAUUUACACCCGAUUGCAAGAAGGAUGACAGUUAUUGGGAUCGUCGCCGGCGUAAUAAUGAGGCCGCCAAGCGAAGUCGCGAGAAGAGGCGUUACAACGAUAUGGUUUUGGAGCAACGCGUUGUGGAGCUAACAAAAGAGAAUCAUGUCCUUAAGGCACAAUUGGAUGCAAUUAAAGAUAAAUUUAAUAUAUCGGGAGAGAAUUUAGUUAGUGUUGAGCAAAUAUUGGCCUCUUUGCCCACCAGCGAGCAGGUUUUGAGCAUAACCAAGAGAGCCAAAAUGACUACACCCACUGGGGUCAAUCCACAAAACAGUUUUAAUAACAACAACAACACUACUACUACUACUCCUACAAAUAAUAAUGGUUUACUCUAUAGUUCCUCCCAAACGUCUGCAGCUCUCAUGCAACAGAAGUCCUCUAACGAGGUGUUGAGUUCCACAAAUGACAAGCUACCCCCGCAAACAGUUAUUAAGCCUAAUGGUUUGUCGGCAGCAGCAACAACACCAAACACUCCAUCCUCCUCGUUGUCUGCCUCAAAUUCAUUACACCAACCUUCUACACAUGGUCCUACCACCGUCCAAACACCUCAGUCCUUAUAUGCCAACUCUAGCAUAGCUGGCGGAGUCUAUAAUCCGGCAAAUUUAAGCGAAAAUCUUACUCCUGCAACACAUCCUCAACAUCAUGUGGUGUCGGCGCCUGCCUCCACCACAGUACCCACACAACCACCCACAAACUUGCAAAACUUGCAUGUACUACAAGCCCUCAAUCGCCGCUGCGACUUGGAUAAUUUACGCAAAGUUGUGGCCGUAGUAGAUGCCAUCAAUACAAAUGGUGAUUUGCCCUCCUCAGUUAGUGGCCUGUAUACAAAUGCUCAAUCAGCAGCUCUGUAUGCAGGAGCUGCCCAACACAUCAAUCCUCUUUACUCACAAUUCAAUAAAGAGGAUCAUGGUUAUAUGUCGACAGCUGAAACUGCGGCCGUUAGCAGCAAUGCCGGAGAUUCGGUUACCUCAACCUCCGCCCGAGCUAAUGCCAGUGUCUUGAAUCUAUCAAGGCGUGCCAGCACUCCCACGGCCUAUGAAAAUAUGCUGUCCUCAACUACCUCCUCCUCAAGACUUUCCUCCAUGUCAUCAGCCUCUUCGACGGGCGCCGUUUCCGGCGAUGACGAUCAUGAAGCCGACAAUGAAAUGCCAGAAGAAACAAAUGAACACAAUCUCGCCAGUACCACCACCAGUCCCCUAAGCACAGACUCCAACAAUUGCUUGCCGCUUAAACUAAGACACAAAUCCCAUUUGGGCGAUAAGGAUGCAGCGGCCAAUGCUUUGCUGGCCCUGCAGCACAUCAAACAGGAGCCCAUUAGCAAUAGGGCCUCACCACCCGGUUGGGCUGACAACUCGGGCGACAAUAGCAGUGACGAAAGAGAUUCGGGUAUUUCCAUACCCAGUCCAGAGUGGACAGCACAAUUUCAACGUAAGGUUUUAGUGUCCGGCAAAGAUGCCUGCACCGCCUCAGCGGUGGUAACGGUGACACCUUCCGAGCGAGAGCACAUUUUAAAGUCGCAAUUGGCCAGAUUAGAGUCCGAAGUGGCUACCAUUAAGAACAUGGAUCUAUACAGCAGAUCAGAAUUUGGUUCAGCAGGAUCUUAAGAUAUAAAAAGGAAAUGAAGAGAAAAGAAAUCAGUGGCAAUGUAACUGUGGAAUUUAAAUUUGAAAGAGAUUUUCUAAAACUAAAAAAAAACAUUAGCAAUUUAAAUGUUUGAAAACUAUAAAGAAAAUUUAAGAAUUUCUUGGUUUUAAAUAAAACUCUCUCAAAUUAACAAAUGAUUUUAUAUAAAUUUAUAUUGAGAAGAGCAAAGAGAACGAAGAAAGACUAAACUUCCAAUUUUGUAGGUUUAAACCAGGUUUAACUGUUUUGUGUUUAAUUAAACUAAUAGUUUAAACUUUCUUUAAGCCACAAACACAGAACUAAAUAUUAUUUUUUAGUGCUUCCAAAUCUUCCGUCUUAGUUACAUUGCAACUGGUUUAUUUUUAUUUUCCUAUAUUUUUGGAUUUUUUUUCUUUUUCAAGGAGAGAGAGGAUAGACAAUAAUCUAAACAUGUUAUGCGUUAGAGAAAGAGAAAGUAGAAAAAGAAAAAAAAAAACUUUACACGAUCAACAAUCUCUUAAAAAAGAACUUAUUUUGUAAAAUAGUACAUUUUCAUACUAAAAUGUAUUGUUUAAUUUUUCAAUUAAUUUUAAGUUUUGCAUAACUGUUUCAAAUAAAUUGGAGUUUCCAAUUUAAUAGAGAAACUUCAGAUCUCAAUGUUUUUACUAAAAAAAAGAAGAGAAAAGAACUUGAUUUCAUUUGUAUGUAGAUGAUCACUUUAAAAGCGGUAUUACAAAAACAACCUUUAAUAUUUAAGAGUUGUUAAAACAAAAAUUAAAGAAAGAAAAAAACUGUGGGAAUUCCAUUAAAGAAAAUGGCGCAUUCCCUAAAAUUUAUAUUAUUAUUUAUACUUACUAUAUAUU